UCCCAGUGGAGGGGGCGGGGCUCGAGCCCGCGAGACCUUCCCUUUCCCGUCAACCCCCGCGCGCAUGGGGCCUACUCCGGUUGCCAUGGAGCGGGCGGCGGUGCUGCGCGUGAAGAGGAAGCGCGGUGGGCCUUCGCCAGCCGAGGCCCUCCUGCUGGCCUGCAAGCGGCUCCGGACCGAAGAGGGGGCUGCGUCGGCUGGAGGGGAUGGCGUGGAGAAGAACCUUUUCAAGCUGGUGGCCACCGUGGCCUCCGAGAAUGAGCCUGUCCAGAAGUAUGUACAAGAAGCUAUUGUCAAAGAGAAGGCGGCCCAGCUCCUACGACCUUCCUUAGGAAGUGCCCAGAGAAUAAUGAAGGACAUUCGCUCUUCCAAGCAAAGCAAAAGGCAGGAAAGCCGUUAUCGUCUGGUUGCCAGCCACCGUCCAGAUUUCACCGAUGGAGAAAGUGCUGUGGCAGCAGAGGCAGAUGCCGAGGCGUCAGAUUUGGAUAUUGUGCAAGAGGAGGAUGUAGAACAAGACAUUGGAUUGCAGAAGUCAGGUGAUCCAGAGGUGAUUCUCUGCAAUGCUGUUGAAAUGAUUCGUCAGCAUUUAACUGUAUCUGAGAAUAGCAAAGCAGUGACAGACAUCGCAAUAGAAGAAGAGUAUGUAUAUGACAUCUACUAUAUGGAAACAGCCUCCCCAGGAUGGAUUGAAAAUAUUUUAUCUGUACAGCCGUACACCCAGGAUUAUGAACUGGUAGAUGAAGAUCGCAUUCCAGAAGAAAUGUAUGAGGAUGAGGAUGAUGAGAACAGUGAGAACAAUUGGCGCAAUGACUAUCCAGAUGAAGAUGAUUUUCUUCCUGACGACAAUGAAGAUGAAUCGGACCGUGGAAGUGUCAGCGAUGAAGACAGCGGAUAUGUCAGGAGAACAUGGGAGAGGUAUCAGGCUGAUGUUGUACGAGAAUUUGAAUAUGAUGGUUUGGAGGAACUGGAUUCUGACUAGUUCACCAAAAUCUGUCUACCUGGACUCAUUCUGCAACACAUGGCCUUCGGAUUCCAAGGCACCAUUACCUUCCCAGCAUUGCCAUUUAUGUAGAGUGAAGGCUGUAUCUUACUAGUGGAAAUCCAGGUAACAGUGGUCAACUUAAGGGUAAGCAUAAUGCUGAAAUGGAAUUAUCUAAUUACUGCUGCUGUAAUUUUGUCUAUAACAUAGCAGUGAUCUACCAAAAAAACCAAGACACUUUAUUUCACUGAAAGGGUUGAAAGCUCUUUCUGAAAUUCGGUACAGGAUUUCAAGGAGAAAACUGUUCCUCAAAGAAAAUCUGUACUUCCCAGGUUAAGUAUUAGAAAACUAGAAAUGCUUACUAUGAAAAGAAAGCAUGCUGGGGAUGUGUGUCCUGAGAAUUCCUUGUAAGGUCUAUUUUUCCUGUUGCAAACAAAUUGUCUACUGUGGAUUUUAAAAGAGAGACUUGUUGCUUACACUUUGCACUUUUAUUACUCUGGAUUGCCAAGUAAUACAAUUUGUAUGAACUUUAACAUGUACAGUAAAUUAAAGGCAGCUUUGUUGAACUGCU